AAUAUCAUAAUUUUGACUUACAAUGAACAUUUUUUUUCAAAUUAUCAGGUAACAUCUUUUUUUUUUUACUGGCAGUACUGGGCUUCCAUACAAUUCACAAGAGAACUUAAUGCCAUAUUUAACAGGUUUUUCUUUUUUUGGUUUCCUGCCAAAUAUGUGAUUCAAAAGGCAGAGUCCCUCCUAUCUCAAAUUACAAAUUGGAAGCACUUAGAAGCAACAAAAACUAUCGCUCCACAAAUCUGUCAUUAGUCUGAGGAGAUCAACCAACCAGCCAUGUUUCAACAAACAACCCAAACCGACAUUCCUGCUUUCUUAAACAAGAGGAAAAGAGUUGAACAAGAAUAUCUUCGAACAUGUCGUCUGGACACAGAAAACGCCCAAAGUGUUCUCCAUAUUGUUGGCACCUCUCUGAAGGCAAACCUGUACAGGAGUGCCCCUCCCGGGUCCAAGUUCUUCUCUGUGAAGUGCACUGCUAAUGUUCAGUACAGCAUCAGGCCGCCGUCCCAGGAAACAUCCCACCUCUCUCCCAUCCCUCUCAAUGGAAACUCAGUGCUAUUCAUCAGCAUGAGCCGUGCCAGCCAGUAUGAAAAUGAUAACAAGCUGUCAAUCCGGUACUAUGGGAAGAAUAAAGAUGUUCUGGGGAGAGCAGUCCUGCACCUGACUGCACUUGAGAUCUCUCUGGAUGUGGAUGCAGACAGAGACGGUUUUGUGGAGAAGAACAACCCCAAUAAGGGGUCCUGGAAAUGGGGUCCUAAUGGGCAUGGAGCCAUCGUUUUGGUCAACUGUGACUCAGAGCGGUCCUAUGGAAAGAAGCCAGACACAGAGCAGGACUACAUCUCCAGAGUGUCAGAUCUGAAGGACAUGUCUGUCAUGGUGCUGCGGACCAGAGGCCCUGCCAAGCUCCCAGAGGGCUACAAGCUCACAAUGCACAUCUCUCAGGGAGAUGCAGAGAGUGUCAGAGUCUUCAGGGCCAGAUCCUCUGAAGUGGGGAAUAAUGUCCUGUAUAAACUAUACAACCAAUUUGUGAAAGACUAUCCACUGGUGCUGAGCAGUGACUCCUUGUCCCAGGAAGUGCCUUACGUUGGAGGUGUAGGAGAGAUGAACUUUUAUGUGGAGGGCCUCAGGUUUCCUGACAAAGAUUUCGACGGGCUCAUCAGCAUCAACCUCAGUCUGUUAGAGCCCAUCUCUACAGGACUUCCAGAAACGCCUAUUUUCACAGACAAAGUUAUUUUCAGAGUGGCACCCUGGAUCAUGACACCCAACACCCUCAAGCCUCUAGAGGUGUUUGUUUGCAGCACAUCUGACAACCAUCAGUUCCUGAAAGGAAUGAGAAACCUUGUAGCCAGGAGUGGGUACAAACUUAAGAUUUGCCACGAAUACAUGAACAGAGGAGAUCGCUGGAUGCAGGACGAGCUGGAGUUUGGUUAUAUCGACGCACCACACCACCGGUUCCCUGUUGUUCUGGAUUCCCCUCGAGAUGGAGAACUCAUGGACUUUCCAUAUAAUGAGCUACUGGGACCCGACUUUGGAUAUGUGACAAGGGUGGCCCAGAGAAAGGAUGUGAGCAGUUUGGACUCAUUCGGUAAUCUGGAGGUCAGUCCUCCCGUCACUGUGAACGGGAAAAACUAUCCCCUGGGCAGAAUUAUCAUUGGAGUGGCCUUUCCUACGGCAACUAAAGGACGGAACAUGACCAAAGUAGUUCAAGACUUCCUGUGGGCCCAGAAGGUUCAGGAGCCCAUUGCCUUAUUUUCUGACUGGCUUGUUGUCGGCCACGUAGAUGAAUUCAUGUCUUUUGUUCCUGCACCUGACAGAAAGGGCUUCCGGCUGCUGCUGGCUAGCCCAGACGCUGGCUACAAACUAUUCAGAGACUUACAGAACGAUGGUCACGGACAAGCCAAACUGUUUGAGGGUCAGAGAGAUGAAGAACCAGUCACUUUGGAUGAGAUACUUAGUAAUGAAAGUUUGCAAGCUGAAAAUAACUACGUACAGAGCUGCAUCGACUGGAACAGGGAUGUACUGAAGAGAGAGCUGGGCCUGGAUGAUGAGGACAUCAUCGACCUGCCAAUCCUCUUCAAGUUGAUGGAGGAAAUGAAGGACGAGUACAGAGCAGUGGCUUACUACCCAGACAUGGUGAACAUGAUUGUCUUGGGGAAAAACCUUGGCAUCCCGAAGCCCUUCGGCCCCAAGGUGAAUGGACGCUGUGCCCUGGAGGCUGAGAUGUGCUCACUGAUGGAAGGCCUGGGCCUCACAUGCACAUUCAUUGACGACUUCGCCUCCUACCACAAACUGCUGGGAGAGGUCCAUUGUGGCUCCAAUGUCCGCAGGGAACCGUUUGACUUCAAGUGGUGGAAUCUGGAGAUGUGAAUGAAAACUGUAUGGAGAUUGGUUAGAGAGGCAGAUAGAGGGCUUUAUUUUCAAAAAUUGUAAAUUGUUUUGGAAAACCUAUUUCAUAGGAAUGAUUAUGUUUGAAGAGGGAAUUUUUUUGUCAAAGCCUUACAUUACCUCAAUCAUUUUGCAAUAAGUGCCACUUUUUUUUCCAAAUAAUGUAUGCCUAAUUUCAUACCAAAGUAUUUGCAAUAAGUAACAAUCAACAUUUAUUAAGGAAACAUAACCGCAGUGUUUUGAUAUAUUGUUUGUAUCUUCAUCUUUAUUAAACCUUUUUGUUGGCUCUAUUUACAAAAAAAGGAUGUAAAGCAAUAUUAACAUCUUCUGAAGGGCUAAAGCAGACAAGAACAGAAAUACAAUCAUUUGAAUUGAGCACAUAGAAGACUCGCUCCCAAUCUGUUGUGGUUUGGAUCGGCCAUUGGCGUACAGUGCAAGCACAGUUAGAUGAAUGGAACCACAUAGUGAUGUGCAAUAAUAAUACAGAGCCACAAGAGGGCGUAAUCCAUCUACUCAAGCAUUUCCAGCCCAGAGGAAAAUCAUUUGAAAUCAUGUCCUUCAAUUCAUAAUAUUGACUUCAAAAGGCUGUAAUACACAAAUGUGUCAUUAUGAACUAAAAAGUGAACUAAGCCAUUUUCCAGUAGAGUCAAAUGCUGAAUAUUUGAAUUUGUUCUGAGUGAUUUGUAGCUAUAUGUAUACAUUAACAGGCUGUGUUUUGCAUUUGGUCCAGUGUCUUCAAAUCUGUUGUACUUUCACAUACUGUAAAUUAAUUAUCAUUAAUUCACUUUAGACAAUAAAUCUCAUGUCUGCUUCACUCUUAUCACUGAAAUAACAAAAAAAAAUUCUUGUGUCAGUUCUUUCCUUCAUAACAAACUGAAGAUAGGGAAAAGCCUCUCCACUCAGGAAAGGUGAGCUGUUUCAGACUCAGGUUUACUGUGGUCAGCAGUCAACACAUUAUC